AUGAUCGGGGUAUGGAACAAUAUAGCACGAAUCAAACGUGAACUAGAAAAGAGGGGCAUUCCACACGACAAUAUUAUCAAAAAGCAUCAGGGAGGAAACGACAUUUCAUGGAAGUGCGAAAUUACCAGGGAUGGAAAAUACAAGGUUAGUGCUCUUCGCUACAUCCUAGAAGAUAAUGGGCAGGUAGAUAUUGACAACUUCAUUUGGAUCAAAGAGAUACCUCUAAAGGUCUCGUGUUUUAUCUGGAGGGCGAAACGUAGUCGUAUAUCCACAAUGACAACACCAUCGAGUAGGGGCAUAAACUUGCCAACCACCACUUGCUGUCAAUGUAACUCAAUGGAAGAAACAACUGAUCACAUCCCAGUGCAAUGUGUUUUUGCUAAAAGUGUCACAGAAUGGAUUUUCAAUUGGUGUAAUGUUCCAUUAAUAAGUUUCCAAACGGUGCACGACGUUCUCGAUUAUGCUUCCAAUUGGGGAACAUGUCCCAAGAAGAAGAAAAGGCUGCUGAGCAUUUGUUACACGAUCUUAUGGAGUAUUUGGAAGGUAAGAAACAAAUGA